CACAAUUUAAUUGAAUGGGCCGAGCAGGCUCGAGGGGCUGACUCUGCUGUGAUCCUGUGAGGCCGCUGAUGCACCUUUUGCCUUGUCAUUGAUGCAUGACUGCAGCCAUUGGCAAAUCAGCGGGGCUGUGGAGGUAGUGUUAAGUGUGCCCCUCAGGCUCAGCGUUUCAGGCUGUCUUUAUACUCUCUGCUGGAGCAGUGCAAGACUUUUUUGUGAAGGGGGAGAAAGAAACUGGCCUGAUCACGUGACCUGAUGUCAGGCUGCCAGCAACUGUGGAUCAAAUUUCCACUCAGGAGCAGAAAUUCUAGCUCUGUGUGUGUUUGUGUGCGUUUGGAUACAGGCUGCUGCUGUUAACAAGCAGACCAAGGGAAAGGAUUUCAACACCUCUUCCAAAGUUCUGCAGGGUUCCGAGGAGUGCGGAGAGCUGGCAGUACCAACAUUGCAACUCAUCUGUGCGCUCGGCCUGGCUCCCUGACUCCUCUUCGUCCUGCCGCAUGGGUUUUCUCUGCCUUCAGUUCAUCAAGUUAACUUUGGAUGCAUUUCCUGGAAAAUGGGAGCAGGAGCAAUCACUGUCUGCCAAAACAAGACCGCAGUCAGGCUGAAGGAGGACGUGAAGAGGAUUAUGGCCCAUCCACUAGGCGCGCAGAGGGCCUGCCAUGUUGGGAAGGUUUUCGGAGUCUCACUUUACGACCUUCAGCAGCAAGGGCAGACGAUCGAUGGGGUCCCGAUCGUCAUACAACACAUGGUGGAAUAUUUGCAAGAAUAUGGCCUGGAGCAAGAGGGGCUUUUCCGAGUGAAUGGAAGCGUGAGGGUGGUGGAACGACUCAAGCAGGUGUACGAUGCCGGGGCCAAACCGAACCUCGUCCGGGAGGCUGAUGUCUGCUCGGUCGCCAGUCUCCUCAAGCUGUUCCUGCGGGAGCUCCCGGACUCACUGAUUGUCUCCAGGCUGCACUCACAGUUCAUGCAGCUGUAUCAGGACCACAGUGGAAAUCAAGAAGAGCUACAAUGGCUUCUGAGGCAGCUUCCAGACGUUAACUAUUCUCUGCUGAAAUUUCUGUGCCAUUUUCUGACCCAAGUGGCUGCGGACCACAGGACCAAUCGAAUGACCAUUUACAACCUCGCCACAGUAUUUGGCCCCAAUGUAUUCCACGUUUCCCCUGGUUUUGAAGGAAUAAAGGAACAAAAUAUUUCCAAUAAGCUCAUGGCCACACUGCUGGAGAACUAUGAUGUCUUCUUCGAGAACGUUGACGAAAUGGAAGCUCCACCUAAAGUCCAAACUCGAGUUAUAACUGUGCAAGAAGCCCAAGAUGAUGACGUGGCCUUCACAGUCAGACCCUGUCCACUGCCACCAAGCGAUUUAACUGCAGAAGCAACAAGAUCGCUGCCAAAGAGAAAGAAGACCAAAAAGACAAGGCCCGAAGGCAGCACUGGGGCUUUCUUUGUGCCGCAGCCCGAGUACUCGAGCGGAACUCCAGAAUCAACCUGGACGCUGCCCAUCAAAAGCCCCAACCCAGGGGAGAUGGAGUCCUCUGAGGAGCUUGAAUCCAGUAUAAAGGACCUGGAGAUAAACAGCAGCUCUCAAGACGAUGAUCGGCCGAUGUCCCCAUUUUAUUUAAGUACACAUGUGCCGUCAGUCAACAGCAUGUCAUCAGCAGGGGAUUUUAUAGAAAGGACCAUCCGGUCAGCAGUGGAACAACAUCUCUUUGACGCUCAUGGCAGUGGAGGUCAAAGUUCAGAGGAAUCUGAAACGGGGACAUCUUCAUCAACGGCAGCAGUCUCUGCAAGACAGAGGAGGAGACAUCUGAAAGAACAGGAUGAAUACUGGAGAAGCAAAGAAAUGGAUGACAUCAACAAAGAGAACAUUCCCUCUGCGUUCAGCACCAAUGAGGAGGGCAGAACAGGCCAUCUGGAUCCUUCCCAGGCCAGUGAUAAAAAGCUAAAAGAGAGCAACAGUAGCUACAUCGAGGAAAGCAUGAAGCCAAAGAGACAGAAAUCAAGUUGUAAACUCUCUGAGCUAAAUGAAAACCAGGAUUCUCCAAUGCCCAUGGAAAGCAGCAGCAGCGUUUCUACAUCCUGGCCACCAGAUCCACCCCUUGGAAUGUCAGGGCCCGGAGGAGGUCUGAGUUUCCUAACGCAGCCAGAAGAUCCAGCUGAACGAGAGAGAAAAGAAAGUGCAAUUGCAUUCUGUGGUGGGGAGCCUUAUGAUCACAUUAAACUGACUCUGAAUUCGACCAUGAAGAUCCUGGAAUCUGCAAAUCAAAGCGACAUGGCCAAAGCACCAAGGAGUCCCGAAGCAGCCACGCCAGAAGGGAGUGCAUCCCUCGAGAUCCCUCGCUUGGACUUGACUGGCCUGUCGGAGGGCAAGGAGUGGGGAGAUCCUGUCCCGGCACACCCAGUGUGGCAAAGUCCAGAUGCAGAGUCUGAGGAAGCCAGUGUGUCACCACAGGCCGGUCGACUGAUUCGCCAUCUGCUGGAAGAAGACUCUGACCCCAUGUUGUCUCCUCGUUUCUACGCAUAUGGUCAGAGCCAGCAGUUCCUCAAUGAUACAGAAGUGCCCCCAUCGCCCCCUAAUUCCCAUUCCUUCAUGAGGCGCCGGAGCUCAUCCCUCGGUUCCUAUGACGACGAGAGGGAGGAGCUGACACCAGCGCAGAUGACCCGGAGAAUCCAGAACUUGAAGAAGAAGAUCAGGAGGUUUGAGGAGAAAUUUGAGGAGGAGAGAAGAUACCGCCCUUCACACAGUGACAAAGCCACAAACCCAGAAGUGCUGAAAUGGAUGAAUGAACUCGCAAAGCUUCGCAAGCAGCUGAAAGACACAAAACUGAAGGUCUCCGAGGAGGGUGUUGUCCCCCAGAUGAGGCAGCGCAGCAACACCCUCCCGAAGAGCUUCGGCUCACGACUCGAAAAGGGGCCGGAGAAGGAACAGGACAAGAAGCAGGAGGUAGUGGAGAAGGCGCAGAAGCCAGCAGUGGACGUGACGCUGGACACCAUCCUGAAGAAGCUGCAGGACAAACGGGCCGAGGUGGCACGCCCUGAAGAUAUCAAGGACAUGACACGAGAGGAGAUCGCUAGUGAAAAAGUGGCCCUGCAGAAGGGCCUUCUGUACUACGAGAGCAUACACGGGCGGCCUGUCACAAAGGCCGAGAGGCAGAUAAUGAAGCCGCUGUACGAUCGAUAUCGCUUGGUGAAGCAGAUUCUGUCGCGGGCAACCACCAUCCCUGUCAUUGGUUCCCCUUCGAGCAAGCGGCGAAGCCCUUUGCUGCAGCCAAUAAUCGAGGGCGAAACAGCUUCCUUCAUCGAGGACUUAAAGGAUUUCCUUACAAGAAUGUGCUUUGCCUUGGAGGCUGUCUUUGCCCCAGGCGUGAAAAGCACUGGUCAGUUUAAGCCCAAAGUCGCACAGACCAGGACGGCACAAGGCUCCACCACCCAUCUUGGCCAAAUGUGCAACCUACGCUCCCUGCCGAGGGUCACGGGUGAGAAAUGGGCCUGUAGCAGGAAGGAGCCCAGGUCUCCAGUGAGAAGGGGAGCGUGGAAGGAAGAGGAGGAUGGCUCUGAAGAUGACUGCAAUGCCAGAACUGACUUUGCCGUUACAGGGAAGCCGGUCUUCACCAUUCGGAGCUUCCUGGAUCAACUGGAUGACGAUGCCGAUGGGUUUGUGUCACCCACGGACGACAAGGCGCCGACUCGAUGCAGCCUUGACUUGAGGCUCUCAACCCUGCACUCGGCCUCCAUGCCAGAACUUCUGGAACAGCUGCAGGAAGCAAGAGCUGACAAGAAGAGGCUUCGCAAAACCCUGAGGGAUUUUGAAGACACAUUUUUUCAGGAAAAUGGAAGAAAUGUUCAGAAGGAAGAUCGUGUGCCCAUGGCUGAGGAGUACAGUGAAUAUAAACACGUAAAGGCAAAGCUGAGGCUCCUGGAAGUGCUCAUAAGCAAACAAGAUCCAUCGAAGAUCAUAUGAGCGUGGAAAGAUUCAGCGAUGUUGAUUUUCAUUGCCUGUUUUAUGUAGCCGAUGGUCCCCACAGCAGCUGAUGAGAGGAAAUGCUGUCCUGGUCUCUCGCCGCCUGCCACAGUGAAAGCCGAAAUGCAGCUUGAUUUUACUGUCCUCGCCACAGCACGAUUGCCUCUCGGGGAACGACAUUCGGUGCCAGCAGUGCUGCGAGACAUCGACCAAGAAGAACUGCCACACGGGCAUCAACUGUGCUUUUUUGAGGAGGCUUUAAUGUGAUGGGUCGGUUCCUCCAUUUCAGCCCCGUUCUUAUCCAAAAAUCUGAGUUUCCUGGGGCAAGAGGGACUCCAGAGAAGCCCCAGUUAAUUGAUUGCGCUUUGCAGCCAAACCUGCAUUGGGGAGUUGCCUCAGCUGAUCCGGGGUUGAAUUGUGACCGUCGGCUGAUCACAUCAGCGUACGCUUUGAGGCUGUCUGGUCAGCAGAGUAGCCCAUACAAGGGCUGGGACUGUGCAUGACAUGAGGGAAGAAUGAUCUGGAGAUCCACAGGCUGGCUCUUUGAGUGCUCCGUGUUCUGCAAAGCUUGGAACGAAUGACACACUCUCCCUUUGACGGCAGGGACUAAAAAGGGCCCUCGAUAAUUGUUAACGAAACAAAAUCACUGGCAGCAUUUUUUUCCAAAACUCAAUUUAAAGGGGGAAAUUCGAUCUUUUUGUUCUGUAGGAUGUUUCUGCAAUACUUUCCAAAUAGAGAAUCAAUUCAAUGACUAGCACGUUGAACGAUGAUUUAUGUGCACAUCCGGUUUUUAAGGAAGAGCGUUGGUGUCCUCUACUCUUUUAGAUGCUGACCUUUUAUGUUUUGUAGAAACGCAGAGUGGGAAGUCAGACUGGGGAAGGGGAAUUGCAUAGUCCAGUCCAUGCUUUUUUUUAUAAUAUAUAGAACUACAACCUGUUUCGUGAAUUAGUGUCAUUUUCGGUGAAUUUGAUAAGGAUUGAAUGGAGUGUGAAACAUGUAACUGGCAUCUUUUAUUUGCAGCGUAUCAAUGCAGCUUGAAUAAUUACGAGACGCAAUAGCUUUAAAAUCCCUUUACCUGGACAACAUAAUAUAAUUAGGUGUGGAAAUUGGAAGCAGCUUUAAGGAAAGUUUGCUGUGAGAAUCUUUUUAUCAGUGAAUGCUGUGGCAGUAUAUUAUUGGCAAUGUGAAAUUGUUUUAGUGUUCAGAAUGUUAACACUCCCAUGGCAUGCUUUUCUAUUGAGGUUUAGUGGUGAGCAACAUGUGUUUUUGAGACAGCAGAACUUGUCCUGCUAAUAGCUUUUUGGCAAGAGCCUGUGAAAGUCCGAUUUUAAAAUACUUGGGUGUCAUGCAUCACAGGGACUUUGACCAGUGGGUAAACUUCAUUACCAAGGGGUUAGGACCUUGCUUCCUUCCCAUAUGAUAUGACCUUGUCAUUCAGUACCUCGCCGUACACUUACAAAAUCUGUAUAUAUACCAAUGACCAAGGCUUUGCAAACUACGCUGCAGGCACUGGUUUGGGUGAGAAAUGCUUUCUUUAGGGUCACUAGUAAGGAAGCUCACAUUGUCUGCAGAAUACAUUCAAAUGCUUGUACUUCUGUUUUGAACCAUGUACAGGGAUUCAUAUCUCACACCUCCAGUCAUUCUGGGGGGUUUUUUUUACGACAUUUACAGGAGUUUCAUGUUGAAAACACAGUCCUGUCAGCUAGUCCCGUCGUGAGUCUGGUUUAGCUUUAUAACAGCUGUUAAGUAACCCCUUGGGCUGCUGAAGAGUUGUUAAGAGAAUUUCAGGUGUCCACAGUCUGCCGUGUCCAAAAGGCUAGCUCUGGAAAACUAGGUUAAGCCAAACACUAUUUAGUAGAUUUGCCAAAAUACUGACCCCUUCGCACAACAGGAGCAUGUGUUGGGAAUACCCAAGUUCCCAAGAUGCAGCCUUGAGUCCUUAGUACUAAAAACUAUCGGAUAUAUUUUACAUUAUGUGGGACUCCAGCCCAUGAAACAUUGACAUUUAAGUGACCAGCUGACAUAUGUACAUGUGGGAACUCCUUGGGAGAUUUUCCUGCAUUAAUUGUGCUAUGUAACUACACAUCAUUGGUAACACACUUCCCCUCAUAUAGCAUGACAUGUUUACCAAGAUAGUUUCCAUUAUAAAUGUUUGCUUAGCAGUUUUAACAGAAAUAUAGAAAUGAGGACAUUUGAUUCUCUGGAAACAGGCACUGAGCUAUAUUGCCAAUCCUGGUCCAAUUAUCCUCCCCCUCCCUCCCCAUUUGGCCAUAGCCCCCUGAGAUUGGUCACCAUUAAAUACUUAGAGGGUAUUUCAGUUUAUAAACCCCAGACGCAGCACCCUUGGAGAGUUCUCUGUGGUAUGGCCAGCUAUGGAAAUCAUAGCUUUUUGUGGCUGGCUGACACUGCAUAUCCAGCAGUGCACAAAAGCCUGGAUUCAGUGGAACUAGUAUUGACUUUGAAAGGUGUUUUAUCAGUGAAGGAUUGUGAAAGCUGUGAUUUCAAUCCUGCAGUUCAUUUAACAUCAGAUCACCCUGUCUGGUAUUCAGGACCAAGCUAUCGUGCACACCUCAAGCCUGUAACUUGUGCAAAAUCUUUGAUGCAUCUGUCUGAAAUUCCUCUCCCCCAGUAGUUUGGCAGUCUGACUUACAUAGAUGGGUUAAUACUUUAGCUGAAAUAGUAGGGAGAGAGAAAUUUCAGAAUGAUAUGAAGUGUUUCCAUAAGGUGUAAUUUUCAGGCCUUGAUACUGGGUGCGAUAAUAAGGGUACAGAUCUCCCCUUUAUUUUCACCAACUGGGGAGAUCAUAUAGUUUUUCAAAACAUAAUGAGUACAUAAACAAUUUACAAUUCCCUUCCAGGCUUCAAGUAACAGGUAAUAAAAAUGAAUUUUAUUGCAUUCUAAAAAAUCUAAUUUGACAAAUCCAUUCCAAGGCUUAAAAAAUAACCCUUAUCAGAGGCAUUCUGAGAAGUCUGGACUGACGAUUUGCAACAGCUUUUCAUUCCGGACCACCCCACUGAUCAAGAAAGCCAGAAAUCCUACCGGUCAAAUGCUGGGGGAUUGAUCUCUCCAUGUUGGAGCGUUGAAAUAAAUGAUGUUGAAUUAAUGUGCACCUGAUCGCUCUCAUUAUCAUCUUCAGUGAGACUUGAUUUAAAAAGAUCCUCUUCCACUCACUCCACAGAACUCCCGUUAUACAAAGCUAGGCCAAAGAUUGCCACGGUCCGAUAAGACGGUGGGCACUGCAGUUUUGCAUAAGGCGUUGCAAAUGCCCCAGCCGGCAUGGCCUCGAGUAAAAGGCAGGCAGACGCUGUUCAGCAGUGAGCAGUCGAGCUAAACCGUUCGCUGCUGCCGCCUCAUCGAUAGAAAAACCAGGGCAACCACAUGCCUGCGCCGGAGCUGCCGAUUGUGGAUUUGAGAUGGAGAGGGCGGGUGGUGAGGGCGAAGGACACUGGUGCCUGACACCACACCCCCCGCCCUCCAUGUAGGGUAGACACACUGUCGCAUGUCAACAGCUGAACCUGAGUGAAGGGCAUAGGGGCUGGCUGGCUUAGUGGGGCCCUAUCAAGCUCGAAAUUGCAAGCACAAACUAAAGAUGUGAGGGUGCUGUACAAAGAGGGCAUCUAAACAAAGGGGGCAUCAUGACCAGACCCACUGAAGGCCCAUUGUUCUAUAAGAGGUCCUCCCAGCUUUCCGCACUUAGAGACAGUUACAUGGAGUUAUUUUUUUUUAAGAUUUUGCAUGUUUUAGUAUGUAUGAUUUCCAAGAAUGUCACAGCAAAAAGGCACAUUUUGCAGCUGUUCUCUAAAGGGUGAUGGAAAUCUUCCAUUCUGCCUCCAAACGCAGCAGAUGCUGGCUCAAUUGAAAUGUUCCAAAACUGAGUGUGAUAGAUUUUUCUACGGGUUUCAAGGAAUAUGGAGGAAAGGCAGUGGAGUUAAGCCGACCUGUACUUCAGUAGAAUGAUAGAACAGGCUGGAGGGGCUGAAUGGCCUGCCUCAUCUCAGUGUGUCUAACACCUAUAAAGAUACUAACUCCUUCAGUUUCCAAUAUCUACAAAUUUAAAAAUCUUCCUUUUGACUGGACCUCCUGUUGACCUUUCCCGAUAUCAAUACCUGUCUCCACAUUUAUAAUGGCAACUAGCAACAUAAACUUUUCAUGGUAAUUAUACCCUCCCUGCACAGCUGUAGUAGUUGCAGUGUGACGUGUUUACACAUAAUUUAAACUGUUUAACUCAUAAUAGCAGUUUUUAUGGAGAUAUAUAUAUAAAUAAAUGUUGGGACCGAAUGAGUGGCUUUAAAAUGGGGACAGACUUACACCCACACCUUGGUCCAGUUAUUCCCUGGUCCACUAACUCCACUCAUCUUUAGGAUGCACUGGUAUUGACAUAAUGCGUGUAUCCCUCUCCACCAUCCCCUCAACCACCUGCGUAACAUUCCUCAGCUACUGCAGCGACUGCUGGAUCCUGCAAGAGAUACCAGUCAACGUUAACUUUACCCAAACGCAAAUGCUGCAGAACUGUUAAUGGGAGGAAGGGAAAGGAAUAUCAGGACUCCUGGUACCCGAACACAUCCUUGCGACAGGACUGUUUUAACACACGCAAGUGAACGUAAUAUAGUGGUGCUAGCUGGCAUUGAAGGGAAACAGCUCAAUCAAAAUAGAAUUGUUCGCUUCCUUGUUCCGUGACCCCUUUUGGUGUCGCGAGCUGCUUUCUGUUGACAGCCGCCGCUUGCUUCUCUUGGUCCCAGCUGGGCAGUAGAUGACUGAAGCCCCUCUGCUCACAGCGAGUUUGUGUGCGUGCAUGUGUGCCUUGGUGUGUACCCUACGCCUCACAGCAGGACAGGAGUCCAGACACUACUUUUGCACAAUGCUCUGGGCCCUGUGCUCUUGGUAUUGGAUCAAUGUUUACAGGAAGAAAACAAAUGUCAAAAACAAAGAAAAGCAGACAGUGCUGGUGUUCGCAUUUAGCUUUUGAAUGUGGGCACUAAGAAAGGAGAAAUAUGGAUGUGUACAUUUUUGUACAUGAACGUGAUUGUAUUUUGUAUAACAGAAAAUAUAUUUUUGCUGUACGUA